GGAAUCCCGGUCCUUCUUAUCUGAGACCAAUCAGUUCCUAAUCAUUCGCUUCGGUGUUGGUUUAACAUCCAGUGAUGGAAUUGCGUGCUUUGGACUUGUGUUGGCCUCGACCGAGAGGACUAACCAUCAUCCAUAUAUAAGACUCAAACGGUCGGUCAAGCUUUGCCACAAUGCUUCGUUGGCGAUCAUCGUAUUCUCUCCGAUUCGAACCUCUUGGCCUUGUUCUUCGCUCCUCAUGGCUACAUCAAAAGAAACACAGGUCAAUGCGUCGACCCUUGACGUCGAAUCUGGGUCCUCGACCUCAAAUAGCUCGCAAGAACAUGUUCAGAAGACUACCUCGACAUGGAAGGGCUAUCUAUGGGAUACAUGGGAUCUUCCUAAAGAGGAACGAUGGCUUCUGUUCAAAGUCGACGCUUUUGUCUUGACUUUUGCUUCGAUUGGCUACUUUCUCAAAAACCUUGAUCAAUACAACGUCAACAACGCAUUCCUCAGUGGUAUGCAAGAGGACCUCUCCAUGUAUGGAAAUCAACUGGUCACAAGCACUUCCAUCUGGACCGUGGGCUAUGUCAUUGGACAGAUACCCUCCAAUCUACUGUUGACAAGGCUGUCACCUCGGAUAGUCAUUCCCACUCUCGAACUGGGCUGGGGAGUCGCAACAAUCGCUACCUCCGCCGUGAAGUCAUACAAGGCGCUGUAUGCGUUGAGGUUCCUGGUUGGUCUAUUCGAGUCUGGCUUCUACCCUGGAAUUCACUAUCUCCUCGGCAGCUGGUAUACUCCUCGUGAGCUUGGCAAGCGAGCUAUGAUUUUCUGGCUGGCCGGCUCUAUGGGACAACUCUUCAGUGGCUUCCUACAAGCUGCCGCAUAUACCGGCCUCAAUGGAGUUCAUGGAAGAGCCGGAUGGAGAUGGCUUUUCAUCGUUGAUGGCAUCAUUACCCUACCCCUGGCACUUGCAGGCUACGCCUUCUUCCCAAACCUGCCUCAAGAAGAUAACAAAACAUGGUGGACGACACAGGCAGAGCAUGAACUGUCAGUGAAGCGUAUGAAUGCCAUCGGUCGUGCUGGCAAGGAACCCUGGACGUGGCCUAAGUUCAAGAGAGUCUUUCUCAGCUGGCAUCCUUAUGUUCUACCCAUGCUCUAUGUUAUCUGGAACAACGGUGGCUUUCAACCAGCCAUGGGUUUCUGGCUGAAGAGCUUCAAUAAAGAACCUUAUCCAGUUCCUGGCACGCACUUCACCAUUCCCCAAAUCAAUUACCUGCCCAAUGUUACAAUUGGCGUGUUCAUCGGCAUGGCAUUCUUAUGGGGUUGGCUGUCCGACGGGCCCCUCCGCGGUCGACGUUACCCGUUCAUCUACGCGGGUGCUAUAAUCAACCUGAUCUUUGCCGUUGUUCUCCGCCAAAUGCCGUUGUAUGACAACAUACAGGGUCGAAAAGUGGUUUACUGGCUGAGUCAAAUCGGAUUCGGAGCUGGCCCACUCAUCUUGAGUUGGAUCAAUGAAAUCUGCUCGGCCGACACGGAGAAGAGAGCAUUGCUCGUGGCAGCAGGCAAUGAUUUUGCCUAUGUCGUCCAAGCAGUAGCUCCGAACUUUGUGUGGAAGACCACCGACUUUCCAGCCGCAAGAAAGGGUUACACGUGGUCGCUUGUGCUUCAGAUUCUCCUCGUUCUGUGGACCGCUCUUAUCCAAAUCUUGCUUUGGCGAGAUAGGCGAGCUGAAGCAAGAAGGAAAGUCAGUCAAGUCGCUGAGUCGGAAGAAGAAGGAGAAAACUCCAUUGGACACAGGGAUGCGGAUAGGAAACGCAUUAGCUUUGACGCGGUGGCGAUCACGCCUGCGGCAGGACCUAUCAGUCAGUAAUGACAAUACAUAUCAGGCAUCUCAAGUAGUAUAGCAUGAGGUGCCUGGUCUCUAUACACCUUAUAUGAG